AAGCAUCAAAAUCCAUGCCAGGAAGCGAUGGCUCGGAACAAUCAAAACAUUGCACCGUUGCAUAGCGCCUCCAGCGAUGAUGAGAUGUGUGAGACCGAAAAUAACUCCCUGUUAGAGUCGGUACCCAUCCUACCCGGCCGUAUCCAAAUGGCCAUUAUGACGAAGAAACCAACAAAUGAGCCAAAUUCUGCCUUCUUUUACUUUACGACCGACGAGCAGCUGGUGUAUGCUAACUUUUACCAGGACUUUGGACCGUUGAAUUUGGCGAAGUUGUAUCGAUUCUGUAACAUUCUCAACAGCGCGCUCCAGGAUGAGGCGCAUGAGGAAAAAACCUUUGUUUACUAUACCCGCAAAGACCCGAAAAAGAUCUUGAACGCCGCGUACCUCAUCGGAAGCUUUUGCAUCAUCUAUCACCAGUUCGGCGUGCCGGCCUUGAUGAAAAUGCUCGGCCCAAUCCUGAAGCAAGCGAAUGGGGCAAAGUUCUGCGACGCGUCGCUGAAUGAUCUUACCUUUCUGUCGUUGAAGGAUUGCUUCGGAGGUAUACGCAAGGCGGUACAGCGUAAUUUCUUCAACUUUAAUGAUUUUAACCUGAUCGAUUACGAGCACUACGAGUGUGUCGAGAACGGCGACUUUAACUGGAUCGUGCCAGGCAAACUGUUGGCUUUUUGUGGGCCCAACUCGCGUACCGAGCGGACCAGCGAUUCGAUCAUGUUGGGACCGGAGGAGUAUAUUGACUACUUCCUUGCCAACAAUGUCACCACGGUGGUGCGGCUAAAUUCUCCACGGUACGAUUCGCACGCCUUCAUGCGUCAUGGCAUCCAGCACCAUGAUUUGUACUUCUCGGACGGCACUUCACCAAGCGAACGGUUGGCGAAGCAGUUUUUGAAAAUCGUAGAAAACUCCCGCGGUGCUGUGGCGGUCCACUGCAAGGCCGGUCUCGGCCGCACGGGCACACUGAUCGCUGCGUAUCUGAUGAAGCACUAUCAGUUUACUGCGAUGGAAUCGAUCGCCUGGCUACGCGUUUGCCGUCCCGGAUCCGUCAUUGGGCAGCAGCAAACCUGGCUGAUCAGCAAACAGAGUCAGCUGCUGCAGGAAGGGGAGAUCUUUCGUCAGCAGCGGCACCAUGUCUAUAUACCGCCGGAAAGGCAUGAGUAUGGGGUGUACAGCAUGGUAAAGCACGAGAACGCACAGAAUGCGUCCCAAACGCCGAUCGCGCAGUCAACUGCUACCGGAACUACACGUGAGCUCGACUCAGAAAACGUUCAGCGUAUCUCGCAGCGCGUAGACACGAUGCGGCUGAACGAUGAGGAUGACCAGGAAGGGGGCGAUCGUGUGGACAGUGCAUCACUCGCCAACAACAACAUUGUCCACUGUAAGCUGAUCCGUAUGAAAAAGGUUGCCAAGGUAACAACCCGCCACACGCGUUGGACCAGAUUUAGCAGUGGACGUACUGUUGUGAGCACCGCCACCAGCAUGGCCACCACCGUUCGCCGUGGCCGAGGUUAUAUUACCCCGUUGGGUGGAACACCGCAGCAGCGUACAUCACUGCAAGACACGCUCGUCAAUCGCAAAAAAACGGUCACCACUCGGCCGGAAGCAAAUGCUACACCUUCCGCGGUUCUGCGAAACCAGCGCAACGCCUCGAUACCAACUGCCUCGCAGGGUGAUCAGCUGAACUCAAUCAAAGCCGCCAGACGACAACAUGUGCCAACCGAUGCCAGCCAGCAAAAGAUCAACAACACCAAAAUGACUACACCACCGGCAACCAUUACGUCUUCCCAGGCUGAUAACUCAGCACGUCCAGUUGUGUCGGCAUUAUUUGCUGCUCUCGAUGCGAAUAAAGGAGACAGCGCUGAGUUAGCGGUGUCCAGCUCUAGUGCCACCAUGACAAGGAAAGACACGCUGAAGAAGAAUCAUUCCGAAGAUGCUUCGAUCUCACUGCCAUCCCACACGUUCGUUGCGAUCGUCACCACUCAGGUUAACCAGGGUAAGGAGAUUGUGUACGAAUUCUCGCUCGACUGUAAUCUAAUUGUCCAAACUCUUCUGCCCCGUACAUUGUUGCCUGCGAUGAAAAAAAUGAAAACCAGCGAAGUUGUGGUGCUUUUCAAACCGGGAAGCGAUUACGAGAAGGAAUCUAUCUCGUUCGCUAUCUCGCUUGAUAUGACGGAUGUGCUGAGUAUCGAUCGUAGUGCGGCUGAUGCACAAAACAUCAACGUUCUCAAUGGCUAUCUGCGUACUGCACUAAUGCGAAAAGAACCAAACAAGGUAAUGCAUCCGGUGUGUGAAGCAGAAGCCAUAAAGCUGACGGAGAAUUCCAUACCUGCCAAGCUGACGUGGCUGCUGAACGAAAGGAACCGUCUAAAGAUUCGUGUCUGCUUCGAUACAAUGAUUUUGGCUGAGGCGCAUCCACAUCCAGCGUAUCUGCUCGGAUUGAUCAAAACGGCAACAACUUUGCCGGUAUUGAGCAGUCCUCCGAGGCGCCAUAUUAAGACCACCGUGAUGGGAAUGCGCGAGAGCAACACCGACCAGCGGGUACUCUUCGGAGUGCGGCUAAACCUGAAGUGGAUACUAGAAAGACGCCGAGGUUUUGGCGGUAGGGCUAGAUGUUCGGAUAUGUUGAAAUCCGUACCCCAGCCAGGUUCGUCCAAAGGUUUCAAGCCAGCAGUACGCUACACAAAAUCCCACUCAGCAACAGCCAUGGAGGUGGAAGAUUCGAUUGGCGAUACAUCGCUUGAUCACAAUGGCAAUAAUGCAGCAUCCGCUGCGGCGUCGUCGCAACAGGAGAAGAAGGAACCGAUAGUGCCGACCACCCGCACGACAAGCACUGCUACCGCAGAGACGGACAUCAGCCCAUCGAAGCGUUUCCGUUUCGAUGCCUCCCGACAGUGGUAA